UACAGGUUCAACCAUUGACUCAAGUUCAGAAGACCCCCGGCGCAGUUUCAACCUGCCAGUCAAAGGGUGGACUUUGCUGUCUUCAGCAGUGCGAGUCUUAUAUCUGUUUGAGCGGUCAGCUGAGCAUAUUGUCGAAACAAGUCCUGUUGCCUUACAACAAUACACCUGAUUUAAUUUAGAAAUACGUUUUUCUAUAGUUUUAGAAGUGUAACAGGACAAACAAGAGGUGGAUAUAAACAUUCAAGCCAUUAGUUUGAGGCUUCACCGCCGUCAGGCUGGAGUUUGCGGAUCCUAAAAACUGGUGGAGUGGGGGGGAGGCGAGGAGGCACACCAAGCACCACUCUCGAGGGACAAGGACAACCAUGUCCCGAGAGAACCAGGAUGAGACCGUGGACCAAGUUGCCUCCCUCCACGAUGACUGCGGCAGAGUCGUUGUCAACAUUUCAGGUUUGCGUUUCGAAACUCAACUUAAAACACUUGCGAGAUUCCCAAACACGCUGCUAGGUGACCCAUGCAAAAGAAUGCGGUUCUUUGACCCUUUGAAGAAUGAGUACUUUUUCGACAGGAACAGAUCAAGUUUUGAUGCAAUCCUGUACUACUACCAAUCCGGCGGGAGGCUUCGAAGACCCAACAACGUGCCGGUUGAAUUUUUUUUGGAUGAAAUCCGAUUUUACGAGAUCGGCGAAGACGUCAUCGAUCGUUUCCGGGAGGACGAGGGUUUGAAAGAAGAAGAAGAACGCCCGAUGCCAUCUAAUGAUUUCCAGCGUCAGAUCUGGCUGCUGUUUGAGUAUCCUGACAGUUCUGGAUCAGCCAGAAUAAUCGCUGUCAUAUCUGUAAUGGUCAUCUUGAUAUCGAUCGUCAUCUUCUGUUUAGAAACUUUGCCGGUAUUUAGAGAUGCAGGUUUCAAUAACCACCUUGCGCCAAACGUGACAACUACUGGAAUAACAUUCACGGGUCCAUUUUUCUGGCUGGAGACCUUGUGCAUCGUUUGGUUUUUCUUUGAACUCGUUGUAAGGUGUCUGGCUUGCCCAAGCAAAUCCGCCUUCUUAAAAGACAUCAUGAACACCAUAGAUGUCGUGGCAAUUCUUCCAUAUUUCAUAACUUUGGGAUUAGACCUCGCCGAUGUCGAAUCAAGCUCCCAACAGACCAUGUCUCUGACCAUCCUGAGAGUUAUCCGCUUGGUGCGCGUCUUCAGGAUUUUCAAACUCUCACGGCACUCCAAGGGUCUCCAAAUACUCGGCCGAACCCUACAUGCGAGCAUGCGCGAACUCGGACUAUUGAUAUUCUUCCUUAUCAUCGGCAUCAUAUUGUUCUCCAGUGCAGUGUACUUUGCCGAAGCGGACGAACCAAAUACGGCGUUUACAAGCAUCCCUGACGCGUUCUGGUGGGCGGUUGUGACCAUGACAACUGUUGGAUACGGAGACAUGUACCCCAUCACUAUCGGGGGCAAAAUUGUUGGAUCCAUGUGUGCCAUUGCAGGGGUUCUUACAAUCGCACUGCCGGUUCCAGUGAUCGUGUCGAAUUUUAACUAUUUCUAUCGCCGAGAGAACAACGAGGGGGAGCGCGUGCAGUACGCGCACGUAACUUGUAUUCAGCCGCCGGAGUCUCUGACUGACUACAAUAAGAGCGACAGUAAACCCUCUCUCGUUAAAUCAUCAGACCAUUCAAUAGAUGACGACUUCAGUUCAUUAAGCGAAUUCAAUUCAUUGGACGAAUAUACAGGAAAAUUCACGGAUGCGUAAGAAAAGUGAGGACCUGGUGGGUUUCUUAUCAAGAUUAUAUUCGGUUAGAUGUCGUUUAAUGUGAUCCAUAAUAAUUUUGCAUAAAUGCAAAUAUGCCUAGGUUGCAAGCCUACAGUUAUAAUUAGUUAUAUUACUUGGAGGAAUAUUUUUAUUGCGAUUAUUAUUACUACUACUACUACUGCUUGUGCCUACUGAUACCAUUAUUACUGUUUUUAAUAAAUGUAAUUAUUUAUUUAACAGUGCUGCCUUUAUCCUAAAAGCUAUUUGUUCAAAAGGAGCGCAGCUAGUACAAGAUUGUGCAAGUUAUUUUAUGAACAUCGAGCUCCGCUGUGUGGCUGGUUUAGGUCUUUGUAGAAGCUAAGUCUUGCAUCUUUCAACAUCCAACCAAUCAUACUAGUUAGCUGUAAACAGUUAAUGAACACUGCUUGAGAAUAUAAAUGAUGUCACGUUAAAGAUGGGUGCAUGUCUUCUAAUGUGUCACUCACUACGAUUAUGUUUAUUUUUAAUUGAUUCUGCUAAUCUCUAUAAAGUAGGCAUCUUACUUUUGUAAACAUGUAAUAUAUGUGUAUUUUAAGCAUUUUUGUAAAACAUUUUCAUUUAUAUAUUUAUUUUAAUCUAGAUUUUAUUUAUUAUUUAUUUUAAGAUUUGCCAUUGCCUUGUGAGGAAUUUAUCUUGUUUUUGUUUUUUUCUCUCUGUCUAUAAAACCUGUAUUAAAAGUACUGCCUUGUGGCUUAUCUGAGAACUUAUUCAUAAUGUGCUUUAAAUGCAAAUGUGGCUCUUUGCAAAUGUUGCUUAUGCUUAGGAUCAUAUGUUAUU